GCUGGAGCAGAACUACUGAGCAAAAGCAGGUGUCCCUAGUUGUCGCCACGUUUGCCGUUGGCUUGGAAAAGCUGAGCUUGAAGCUUCUUCUCUGUGGUGAAGUGGAGAGAUACAUAUUGCUCACAGAAUAACAGACAUGGGCUUCCUACUGACUUUCCACCUUUCCUACAAAGUCCGGUUACUGUUGCUUUUUCUCUUAUGCCUGACAGUGGUUGGGUGGGCCACCAGUAACUACUUUGUGGGGGCUAUUCAAGACAUUCCUAAAGCAAAGGACUUCAUGGCUCAUUUCAACAAGGUCCUGGUUUGGGGGAAGGAAGAAACUCUGACGAAGGAAGACUCCGUGAAAGAAGCAGACCUGGACGACUGCCCUUCUGUGUCUCCGUACCUCAGGGGCCAGAACAAGCUUGUUUUCAAACCAGAUCUCACUCUGGAAGAAGUGGCGGCAAAAAAUCCCCAAGUGCACAGAGGCCGGUAUCACCCUGAGGAAUGUAAGGCUUUGCAGCGGGUCGCCAUCCUCAUUCCUCACCGGAACAGAGAGAAACACUUGAUGUACCUUCUAGAACACCUUCACCCCUUCUUGCAGAGGCAGCAGCUGGACUAUGGCAUCUACAUCAUCCACCAGGCUGGAAGCAAAAAGUUUAAUCGAGCCAAGCUCUUGAAUGUGGGCUAUCUGGAAGCUCUCAAGGAUGAAAAUUGGGAUUGCUUUAUAUUCCACGAUGUGGACCUGGUGCCCGAGAACGACUUGAACCUCUAUAAGUGUGAGGAGCAGCCCAAGCAUUUGGUGGUCGGCAGGAACAGCACGGGGUACAGGUUACGUUACAGUGGAUAUUUUGGGGGUGUCACUGCCCUCAGCAGAGAGCAAUUUUUCAAGGUGAAUGGAUUCUCUAACAACUACUGGGGAUGGGGAGGCGAAGACGAUGACCUCAGACUCAGGGUUGAGCUUCAUAGAAUGAAAAUAAUCCGGCCAAUGCCUGAAGUGGGUAAAUAUACAAUGAUCUUCCAUACUAGAGACAGAGGCAAUGAGGUGAAUAUAGAACGGAUGAAGCUCUUACAUCAGGUAUCACGAGUCUGGAGAACAGAUGGGUUGACCAGUUGUAUUUACAAAUUACUCUCUGUGGAUUAUAAUCCUUUGUAUACCAACAUCACAGUGGAUUUAUGGUCUGGUGCAUGACCCUGGAUCUUCUGGUGACAUUCGGAAGAACUGAAUAUUUUAUUGCAAUAAUUUUGGACUGGAGACUUUCCCUAGUAGCACACGUUAAGAACUGGUCGCAGCUAAUUAGUGAGCUGAAUUUUUCCUUUCUGUAUUUUCUUAGCAGAGCUCCAAGUAAUACGGACUGUAAAACAGUUGUAAGAAGACAGCUUUCGUGGUUGGUUUGCUCCUGGGGGUUAUUAAAGACUGUAAUACACAUACUUGAAGGGCUGAGUCUAAAAGGACUCCUGAAGGGAUAACAUGAAGGCUAGCUACUUGAAA